AUGACAAAAACUGGAUUUGUAACGGAUCGUCGUAUGUUAAAACAUCGUUGUGAGUGGGACCCAGCUCAUAUGGAAGUGCCAGAAAGAUUAUCAUGUAUAUUGGAUAAGUUAGAGGUACGAUUUGGAUUUUUUUCUUCUUUGUUUGACUCCUAGCCACACUGAGCAUUUUAAAAAGGCCAGGUCGGUCUGGAGGCUGCCUCUGCUCUUAGCUCAGUUUUUAUUUUACUACUUUUGUUGUUAUAUGUUACUAUUAACCUUUAUUUUCUUAGGCAUCAAAUGUUUUGUCAGACUGUAUUCAGCUUGAUUCUCGGAUGGCAACGCAAGAAGAAUUACAGUUAGUGCAUGACAUAGAUUACAUUGAUCAGAUUGAGACUACAAAAAAUAUGGAUUUGGUAAGAAAUUGUUUAAAGUUGAGUCUGUAAAGUUCACAGAGUAUAUGUGAAUUUUAUUUUUUAAACUGUAAUUUAUUUAGGAACAACUGGAAAGGUUUUCAAGCCAAUACGAAGAUGUUUUCUUGAAUGCUGACACUUGGGAGUGUAGUUUGCUGAGUGCUGGUUCGGCUUUGGAGCUGACGGAAAAAGUGAUAAAACGAGAAUUGGACAACGGUUUUGCGGCCAUAAGGCCUCCAGGGCAUCAUGCUUGGAAGGACAAAGGUUGUGGGUUUUGUAUCUUCAACAACAUUGCCAUUUGCGCCAAAUAUGUGAGUAUCUUUUCUAUCAACGUUGUUUGAUGAUUUCUUGGUAACAGAGUAAUAGGGACUAAGUGGGCUUUAAGGAGUCAAUUUAUUAAGGCUUGCAUUCAUUUAAAAAUUUUUAAAACCGAUUUGUUAGUUAGAAAGCUUAUUUUGAAUCUUUUAAACGUAUAGGCUAGAUCUCAAGGCGUCGAAAGAGUGUUGAUUGUCGAUUGGGAUGUACAUGCAGGUCAAGGAACACAAUAUGUCAUCAAUGAUGAUCCGAAUAUUAAGUUAGUGUCAAUUCAUAGAUACGAAAAUGGAAAAUACUGGCCACAUUUACCAGAAAGUGCUGUUAAACAUAAAUGUAAGGGCUUCUAAAGUUAAAAUACUAAUAAGACAUCGCAAUCUUUCAUACUAUAGCUAUACUUUUAUGAUAUAAGGAAUUGUAUUUUCAGAUAAUAAUACGAUAAACAUCCCAUUGGAUGUUACUGGAUAUACUGACAGUGCCUACAUAUCGAUAAUGCAUUCUGUCGUUUUACCGUUGAUUCAUGAAUGGAAACCGCAGUUAAUCCUUGUUUCUUGUGGGUAAGUGAUGCUAUGAUUGAUGAAAAACGUUUUCAAUAAUUAUACGUACAGUAGUUUGUAACGCUGAACUACUGUAACUUGUAGGUUUGACGCGGCAUUAGGCGAUAGAGAUGGUGGAAUGAAGGUAACUCCACUUGGUUAUGAGUACAUGGCAGCACUGUUGGCAUCACAAAACAUAAAAUUAGUGCUGUUACUGGAAGGUGGAUACUUUCUACAAAUUAUCAACGACUGCGCUGUUCAUACUGUAAAAGCUUUGAAGACUAAGGUGGGUGUACUGUAAUAGUUCAAGAUAUUGAAAAUAUAACAAUAUUAGACAUUUCACAUCGUUUUAAAUGUUAUAUAUGUAAUCUGCUAGCUUUUUUCUCUUUUUUUACUGUUAUAUAAAAGUUGAGUCCUAUUACAUGUUGACAUACUUCCAGACGGUACCAAACGCUAAUUUUGGACUAAAAGGCCGAUACUUUGGACCAUUAAUGGAAGUGUGGGACAAAGACCUGUUUAAUUCAAUAAAUAUGAUCAAAAAGGCCAAUGGACGAACUGAGUUGGAUGUAGGUAACAAUUGCACUAUAUGUAUUAUUCAGUUAAACCUUUAUAUUAUUAAAGCUUCAAUUACGACUCAAAACCAAAUUAUUAUUAUAAUACUUUAAGUAACACGACAUUUAAAUACUUAUACAUUUACUGUUAUUUAAACUUCAGAGUUUUGAAACGAGAUACGAAGGUGAAGAUAUAUUGAAGACGAUCGUAUCGCCAUACCCUACUAGAGACUUGUACGAACUUCGAAGCAAAGAACAAGAUGAAGCUUUCUUGAUUGAACUAAAAGAGUUUUAUUUUGAAUAUAAGAAAGAAAGAGAAUCUGUGACUGUUACUAAAGGAGACCCAUGGGUGAUGAGAUACAAUAAUAAGGAGUAUAACAUCCGGAUUGGUUCUGAUGUUGAUGUAAAGUUUGUCUAUUAUCAGGUAAGGUUUGCAUAUUUUGGGGAAAAAUCUUCAACCUACUUGAAUUUAUUUUACGAAUAGUUAAGUGUAUGUUCUAUAUAAAAAGUAUGACAUAACUUUAUGUCUUUAAUAUUUUAGGUACUGCUACCAUUGACAACGAGUUACUUGGUAGAGUUUGAGAGAAACAUACUAACUCUUCAACCAAUCAAAUUCUUCCUACCAUGUUUUAAACUUGCCAACGGCCACAUAUCACAAGAAUUGGCAGAAGAUCUUGCCCAACUUCCAUUUUCUUCAUUAUUCUUCUGA